AUGGCUGCUAAUCUAGGCAAUUAUUUUAACCCCAUCGUUCUGACUGACGAUGAAGCCGACGACUUUCAUGCACCUAUUGACCAUAGAGAGUAUGAAGACCUGCAUUGGACAAUGCAUUGUAUUUUGAGGAAGGAAUUUGCAAGGGAUGAUGAAGUCAUCAUAGAAAUGGAUCGUGCUAGAGGUACCACUAGGGAGGAUAUCUAUGAUGCAUGUUUCAGACCCUGGUGGGAGCACGGUACAGAGGCAGAUGGUGAUCCUACAAAGGUAAGAUGCAAAUAUUGUGGUGUUGUGCGUGGUGGUGGUAUUUUCAGACUAAAACAUCAUCUUGCUGGGACUCGUUUUAAUGUGGAACCUUGCUUGCAAGUUCCUGAUGAUGUUAAACAUAAAUUUUUGCAACUAUUAGAGGCUAAUGUGGAGAAGUCUAAUAGAAAAAAAAACAAAUUUAAUGUUGUCAAUAAUCCUGAAUUUCCAACCAUGAUUGAAAAGAUUGCUAAGUUUGGAGUUGGUCUUAAACCUCCUAGUUAUCAUGAAAUAAGGGUCACAUUCCUAGAUAAAGAAGUAACUAAUGUCAUGGUCAUGCUUGAUGAGUUCAAACAAGAAUGGAAAAAAACUGGUUGUACUAUUAUGUCUGAUGGUUGGAGUGAUAGAAAAAGGCGUUCUAUUUGUAAUUUCUUAGUGAAUAGCCCUAAGGGGACUGUCUUUCUGUCAUCUAUAGAUACAUCAGACAUAUCUAAGACAACAGACAAAGUCCUUGAGAUGUUAGAUGUUGUUGUAGAGCAAGUUGGUGAGGAGAAUGUAGUUCAGGUUGUCACUGACAAUGCUGCCAAUUAUAAGGCUGCUGGAGAAAAGUUAAUGGAGAAAAGAACAAAGUUAUACUGGACUCCAUGUGCUGCCCAUUGCAUUGAUCUAAUGCUAGAGGAUUUAGAGAAAAAGAUUAAGGCAAAUGUGACAAUUGCAAAGGCUAGGAAAAUAACAACAUACAUAUAUUCUAGGACUUUGUUGCUUACUUGGAUGAGAGAAAGUACUAAGGGUAGAGAGCUAAUUAGACCCGGUGUAACACGGUUUGCAACUUCUUACUUGACAUUAAGGUGCUUAAAUGAGCAUAAAGGGUCAUUAUUAGCUCUUUUUGCAUCUAAUAAGUGGAAAUCAAGCAAGUUUGCUACAACUGUUGAAGGGAAAAAAAUCCAAAGAAUUGUCUUGGAUACUCGUGGAUUUUGGCAAAGUGUUCUAACAUGUUUAAAGGGAGCCUUGCCACUUGUGAAAGUUCUUCGCAUGGUGGAUUCCGAUGAGAACCCUGCAAUGGAAUUCAUAUAUGAAGCAAUGGCACAAGCGAAAAAUCAAAUCAAAACAAAUUUCAACAAUGUUGAGAAAAACUAUAAACCUAUUUUAGAGAUUGUUGAUGAGCGUUGGGUGGAUCAAUUACAUAGACCUUUACAUGCUGCUGCUUACUUUUUGAAUCCGCAAUUUCAAUAUAGUGCUGAUUUCAAGUUAGCGGACAUUAAAAUCGGUUUGUAUAAUUGUUUACAAAGAAUGGUCCCCGAUCCCGAUGAAAGAAUGCUUAUUGAUCUACAAAUGGAUGCUUUUAAAAAUGCCAAAGGACUCUUUGGGUUGCCUACUGCUGUGAUGACCAGGACAAAAAAAACUCCAGCCGAUUGGUGGGAUUCAUAUGGGGACGAAUGUCCAGAGUUGAAAAGGUUUGCAAUUAGGAUCUUGAGCUUGACUUGCAGUUCUUCUGGUUGUGAGCGAAAUUGGAGUGCCUUCGAGAUGGUCCACACUAAGAAAAGAAAUCGAUUACAUCAGAAAAAGAUGAAUGAUCUAGUGUUCGUGAUGUACAAUCUGAAAUUAAAAAGGAGAUAUGACAUACGAGCAAGCAAGUCCAUAAUGCAACAACCAAUAGUUUUGGAUGACUUGCCUUCAGAUGAUGAGUGGAUAGCUGAAAUCGAAGAACCUGUUCUUCCAGCUACCAACACAUGGUUAGGUGCUCUUGAUAGAGCAUCUAGGAGACUUGCAAGAGCUGGGCAAAAUGGAGAUGAAGGCAUCACUACGGAGUUAAAUGGAUCUCAAAAUGAGAAUGUUGAAGUUCAAAUGCUAAGUGAUGAUGAUGAAGUUGCACCAACAUUUGAUUCAAAUGAUAUUGAUUUGGAUGAUUGA